AUGUCAAUUGAAGGUCUUCGGAAGAUUGCUGAAGAAAAGCGAUAUAAUUUGCUUAAAUCAUCAAUCCACCUAUUCAAAAACAAUUUUAUAACUAACUGCUCCCUCCUUUAAACAAAAAAAUUUUUGAGGGUGAUCAAAUUAUUUAAAAUAAUUAUAAAUAAAAUUUGGAGUAAAUUUCUUAUUCGAAAUUCAAAAAAUUCCAAUUGAUUUUAAUUACAAAAUUUAUGUUUCAAAAUGCAGUUUGUUUAAAUUUUAUAUAUUUAUUAAAGAUCUCAUAAAAUAAUUUAAAUUAAAAUUUGUUAUUUAUUUACCAAAAAAAAAGAAAAUUUUCCAAUAGUUUUUUUCGUUCAAAAAAAUUAAGCAUAUAGCAGAAGAAGUGAACCCCAGCCACGAUUCAAGUUUUGAACCAUGAAUGAAAGAUCCACCAAGUAAGAAAAUCACACCGUUGCACAUAAAGCCUGAAGAGCCUACCGAAAUUAUCCCAAAACCAUUCAUUAUAUAUCGACGAGUUAAUUCAAACAGGGUUAUUUCUGUUAUAAGAAGACGAGAAUUUGCCCCAAUAACUGUAAACGAAUUAACAAAAAUUACAUUAGGAGAAAAAGAUGAUGUAACUGAAGAUAGCAGGAUUAUUGUAGCUCACCAAAGAACUCCACAUCACAAGCCGUCACUUUCUUUGUCAAGUGGGAAAUCAAUUUCUCAUAGAAAAACCCGCAGUCUACACAGAAGAGAAUUUACCAAAAUUUUUGAGACGGAAAAAUAUUAUGAUACCGCAGGCGAGAGUAAUUAUAAAAACACAAAUAUUGGAAGAAAAGCAGUACCUGUGUAUACGAAUUUUUCAAGAGGAUUAAAUAAUGUGAUUGAACAUAAAAGAAAUCCUAGUUUAUUAAGACAUAAAGAGAAUUCAAAUUCUCUUUCCUCUCUAAACUUGAAGCGAAAUGCAUCAUCUAUUCUUGCAGAGAGACACCAUUUUUCGAAAAAAGCCUCAAAUCGGUAA